AACACACCCGGAAGUAAACGGUUUACUACCGGAGGUGAUGAAUAAGGAAGUCAUUCGAAGAGAAGCGAAGGAAAUCACUGUUGUUUUUGUUCUGUAUGACGUUUUUCGGAUCUUCUUGUACAUUUUUGGAAAUUGUUUGACAUCGUAAAAGUUCUCGGGGCGCGGUGAUUUUGACGCGGCGCCGAGUCGCCAUGUUGUGGGGUCGUUUGUGUUGUUUUGACGCAAAGCCUGCUGGGAAAUAUGCUAAACUACUAAACCCGCACAACGUUGAUUGAACGACGUCAAAAUUAGUACAAACUGCACUGCACAUAAAGUCAUGUCAUUGUGCGAGCAGAGAGAGAGGAUCCAGCAGCAAGUGGAACUUUUAGAAAGACGUUUGUGUGUCAGCAACAGUGAACUACAACAAGUCAGCAGCGAUGACACAGAUGACGAAUCCAGUGUGGACACAGACCAGGAGGCAGAACAGUCAACUGCAGGUUUGCUGGCUGAGAGGCAAAAGAUCGAGAAGGAGAUCCAGAAUCUCGAGAACGUUCUGGGACCACACAGCUCCACCAUUGCGUCAGAUGAUGAUGACAGCAGCGGCAGCAGCAGUGAAAGUGAGCUGGGUCUGUCCAUCAACGUGGACUCGUGUCUUCAGAUGAACUUUGUGUACCAGCAGAUCCUUCAAGAGAAGCUCAAACAGCUGGAAACUCUGUUGUCACACAACCAGCGACAACAGAAGGAGGUACUGUCUCAGCUGUCUGGGCCAUUCAGAGAAGCAUCCAAAGAAGAGCCCGCCUCCUCGUCGUACCCAAAGCAGGCCCCCUUAUUCCUGGGUCACUUCUUGAAGCCGUACUUCAAAGACAAAGUCACCGGCCUGGGUCCUCCUGCCAAUUCGGACACAAAAGAGAGAAUGAUGAAGAUGAAGGGUUGCCUCGACAGCAGCAAGAUGAAAGUCAAACGAUGGGAGAGUUGGCAGAAGACGUUGCUGAUUGACUCAGUGUCCAGAGACAGUUUGAAGAGACUCAUCCAGCCCAAGCUGUCCAGAGUUGACUACUUGAGUCAGAAGUUAUCCUCAUCGGGCAAAUCAGAAGAUGAAAAGCGGCAGCUCAAAGUCCACAUCGAAAGUCUGGAGAAAGACAUUGAAUCCAUCAAAGUGAAAAAGGACGAGGAACUAUUUGGGGAUCAGUACGAGGACCAUGACUGGCACAAGAUCGCCAAGAUCGAUUUUGAAGGCGUUCGCGAGGCGGACGAUCUUCGUCUCUUCUGGCAGAACUUCCUGCAUCCCGCCGUCAACAAGAACCGCUGGAGCGCCGACGAGGUUCAACGUCUCAAGGAGGUCAGCAGCAGACACAAGGAGACCAACUGGGACCUCAUCGCUCGGGAGUUGGGGACGGGCCGCACUGCCUUCAUGUGCCUGCAGACGUUCCAGAGGUUCAUCUCAUCCUCUCUAAAGCGUGGUACCUGGACCUCCGCCGAGGACCAGAAGCUCUCGCAGUUGGUUGACAAUAUGCGGAUCGGGAACUUCAUACCGUACACGCAGAUCAGUUACUUCAUGGAGGGUCGAGACACGCCUCAGCUGAUAUACAGAUGGACUUCAGUUCUGGACCCCCAGCUGAAGAAAGGAUCCUGGUCCAAAGAGGAGGAUCAGCUGCUGCUUAAAGCAGUUGCACGCCAUGGCGAGAAGAUGUGGUGGAAAAUCCGCUUGGAGGUUCCAGGACGCACGGACGGUGCCUGCAGGGACCGAUAUUUGGACUGUCUGAAGGAAGGACUCAAGAAAGGACCUUUUGAUGACCAUGAGCACCAACUCCUCGUCCAGCUACUAGACAAACAUGGCGCUGGUCGCUGGGCAAAGAUCGCAGCGGAAAUUCCAAACCGUAAUGACGCUCAGUGUCUUCGAGAGUGGAAAAAAAUGAUGCGACAAGCAAAAAAGCCUGCAAAGAUUAAAAGAAGACCAAAGAUCUCCCAAGACAGCAAAACCAUUCAGGCGGUGAAAACCAAGAUGAGCUCAGGCAUCAGGAAGCGUCUGCAGAAAGUCAGAGAAGAAGAGGAGGAGGAGGAGGAUAGCAGCCAGGAAGAUAAGGAUGAGGACCAGAUUACGUAUAUGGACACUGAUGACGAGAAGCAAGAAGAUGAGGAAGAAGAGUCAGUGAAGGGGAAUAGUGAGGAAGAGGAUGAGGAGAAGGAGGAGGAGGAAGAGUAUUAUCUGGUCCCACCCAUGCACGAAUGGAUCCCACAUGAAGAAAGUCAAGAGUUCAGUUUCCCGACGGACCGGCUGGUGACGCUGGAUCCAGCGCCUAACUGCCACCUGUCAGGAACAGGGUCUGUCCGGUCCACGGUAGUGGCCAAAUUUGGCCGAUCGGUUGUGGUGGGACCACCGCCACGGGAGCUGAGCUGGGAGGAGCGCCACGUGAACGGUGCCAUGCUGAUGGUGUCACAGAAGGAGCUGCAUUCGCACCUGUGUCAUCAGGCUAACAAGUACAACAACCUCCAACAUCGCCCGAAGAAGGGCCACGUGACCGACACGGAGAUGAAUUACAUGCUACAGGCAGCUGUGUUACCCUGGGUGGGUAAUGUGCUCAUGCCCAGCCUAACCGUACCCACGCUGGCUGAUGCCCUCGGGCACAAGACGGCGUUGAGCUCCACCCCCGUCUUCAGGCUCCUCCUCCACGCCAUGAUGGUGGACUUUUCGGGCUGCAAGGAAGUCAUCCUCAGGCGGAGUCGAGAGAAGCGAACGUCACCCCUGCGGAGGCUUCGCUGUCCGCCCCGGCGGGACACCCCACUACCGCCCCCUCGGUCACCACCAAAGAAACCUGUCCGAAUGUCUCGCCAGGUGUCCACGCAGAAGCGCAAGUGCAAGCCCCCGGGCUUCAAGAACCCAAAGACUGUGGCAGCCAUGUUGCACUCCACCCGAGCCCGCAACUCAGACACGCAGCCGGUGAGGGCAUUGCAACAGGUUCACCUCCUCCCCCAAUCCGCCCCUUUAGUCUGCCUCCUGACCAUGCCCCCUUCGUUGACCAUGCCACCUCGUGCUCCACCUCCAGUCAAGCUCCAAUCACAGACAUCGCAACGCCUUCCAACCCUCCUCCCCCGCACACCUGGUCCCAUCUGCCUGCUGACCGCGCCCUCUCUUCCUGUGUGCUUUGUGUCCCCACCCCUGCCUGUGGGCCCCACCCACCUGCCCCCUCUAGCUCCACCCCCUCCUCGUUCAUCGGUGACACCCGCCUUGGGCCCAUCCACCUCCACGGUCACUAUCGACCAUGCCUACACCCUUCCCAUCCCCAAGCCAUCCCUCACGGGGAGGAAGCGCGCGCGGGAUGAUGAUCCCGGCAGCGAAACGCUCAGCACUGGAGGGAAACGAGUCAGAAAGUUGAGUCACAAAGCCCUCCAAUUGCAGGCUUCAGCCACUGAAAGGAAGAGACGAAGUUGGCGUAAAUCCAAACCCAAAGAGGGUGGAGCCAAACUGGUGACCCCGCCUCCCAGCAUACACACUCUGUCUUUGUUUGCUCAUCCCAAUGGGAGUGUCCAGCUCCCGCAAUCUCCCAAUUUUGUGUUAAGUGCUGCCAUCAGACCCCUCCCCUCCGCCAGUGGUCCCUCCCCCGUGCCUUUGGAGAGGGCUGGUCUUAACAUCGACCCCUCCCUUGUUUCCCCGGGGUCACCAGCAGUGGUCAGUGACUGGCUGAGCGGCUCGGGAGGCGUGGCCAUACCCCACCUUGGCAUUUCUCUUCCCUACUUGCCACCGUGCAGCAGCAGCCUCGGCGCACUUGCUGCAAUCUUUGCCAACAGAACUAGGCUUGCUAGCACCGCCGCUCAACUUCUCGACUGCUAUGCCCAGACGCAGGCCAUGCCCCCUGACGCCACCUCUGACCAAACAGAAAGUUCGCUGCGUGCUUUGGUGAAGGAUCAUUUGGGCUCAAAUCCGGCGUACCUGCUCUUGAAGGCUCGAUUCCUGUCCGUUUUUGCCCUCCCUGCCCUCCUGGCCACCAUGCGGCCUGGUGCCACAGUGACAUCUUCACCCACUUCACCGUGUGAUGACAAGAAAGUGAUGACGAAAGGAAAGACACAACAGAGCAACAUUCAUGGAAAGAUUGCAUGUGAUGUCUCAGGAGCUCCAGCCAAUCACUUCUCAGGAAUCAGUGCCAUUGGCCCCACCCUGCCACACCCCAGAGACACUGUCAGCAACCAAUAAGAAGCUUUGAAUACUUUUUUUAAUUUAAUUGAGUGUUUGUUUACAUGUGCACUAGAACGCAUAACAAAAGUUAGUUACGCACAUUUGAGUCUUUUUGCAAUUUGUUCAUUGGAGUUGAUUUGUUUAUUCAUCACAUUUUUUUAAACAAAGUUAGAUGUCAGCUUAAAGCAGUCUUUCCAUCAUCUGAUUGGGUCUAUCAGAUAGGAUAUUUUGUUAAUUUUUGUGAUCGGCAUCCGAUCAAUGACAUAAUUCAUCUGAUCCGCAAAUUGAGACAUUACAGCAAGUGUUUUGUGUUUCACAUAUAGGUUUAUCUGUGCCGGGCUGCCACAAAUAAAUUGUGGCUGCCACUGAUAAAUGUAUAAUUGUAAUAAUGUUUAAACAAACAGUUUUAAUGGCCUGUGAUUUUAAAAACAGGUAUUCAUCAUUUUGUGUACAUAUAAUAUGAGGCAAACACAUAUUUAUUUGGGUUCAGAGUCAUUAUGGCCCUCUGAAGGAAACCAAAACUAGUUUGACCCCCUGUCUUAUAUUUUGCUCCUUGUGCUAAUCAAUACAGGAGCUGCUCUUCUUUUUGGUACAGUAUUGCAAAUAAAGUGCCUAAAUGACUGAAGUGUCAAAA